AUGGCUUCCAUUAGUGACCCGCCUACAAACCAGAUUUUACUAGACAAUUUCCAAGAGCCGGACUCUGCACCAUCUUCAAUACUCGCCGACUGCGCUGCUGCCGAAAGGGCUCCAGAAAUUGAAUCGGCCGCGGAACGACCAUUAUCAACCUUUGAACGUGUUUUUUCCACUCACUCACCCAUAUUCGAAUCUUUUCUUCUCCAAGCCCCGACAGAUACCAUUUUCCAGCUCUAUCAUACGUCGCGUUUUCUUAGAGGUCUUCUCAGGUCCUAUCCAACAGCAUGGCAAUACCUGUCCUUCAGGCUGCUUUUUCAGUCUGGUUCCCAGGUGCGGCCAGCAUCAGGGGGAACGGACGGGGCAUCAGCACAGCGGCAACCCUACGCGCUUGAUCAGCUGCUCCUCCAGGUAAUCCUACCAUUCAGCCCGACUUUGAAGAGCUUGGAUCUGGAUAACACAGCGGUCAAUGGGCAAAAUCUCACAUCCACGGUGUUGAACAUGCGGAGAGAUACUCUUGAACACCUCUCUGUGAGGGGUUGUAAGAACGUGUCUUUGAAAUACCAUAUCAUUCCAUACCUCACCAUGUUCAAGCUUCAAUACGAUGCAGAAAUCAACCAGAGAGGUCCAAAUUCCCCCUCAGUGAAACGGCUAGCACUUAAAAGUCUGUAUGCGUACCGAUGUCGCCAUCACAGGCGACGUCCUUAUUUAUCAUCUUCUUUACUCCGUCGGGAUUCAGACUCGGAGCCAACACAUGAUUUCGUUAAGCUAUGCCAUAAACUAGGGAUUUGGACGGAUACUGCAUGGUGUACCACUCCUGCGGCACGCUGUUUUAGGAGAAGGGGCUAUGUAUCUUCAAGGUCGCCGCAGGGCACAAGGGAGGUAUGGGUCGUGUUCGAUAGAUUGUGGAGGUCAAAGAAUUGGAUUGGAGCGAUAAGUGAGAGAGAUAAGCCUCCGAAGCGUGAUGGACGGCUAUGGGAGCAUGACGAAACAGGUUGCUUCGGGCAAGCACUGGGUACAGCUGGGGGUCCUGAACAUGGAGAAGGGAAAACCGUCCCUACCCAUUUGCGAAAGAGCCAUAGGCGAUUUGUAGAGAAUAUUGGUUGUGAUGAGUGCGACGAGAAGAUUCUCGAAAGAUGCGAACAGUGUAGCGUUUUAAUGCACUGCGUUGGCUGUCGAAAGACCCUGUGUGCUAGCUGUGCAUUCGAUCGCCCCUAUCUUCGAAAAAAGCCAUGCGAGGGAGCUCCCAUUGAGCACUCAUGGUGGGCACCCGGAAUGGCCGUAUCCCCAUGUUUUAUGCAGGAAGACCAGGAUCAAAACGCAGCGAACGUGAAUAACCAGGCAGCUCCGGUUCUUACAUACCCUAACUUGAAAUUUCAUUGGUGCUGCACUGAGCCUGCAUUCAGUGGAGGCGGUGGAAUCAGUCUUGGAGUGGCUAACAGAGAAGUCGACCGACUCCGAGCAACACCUCUCCCACGUGGCCAAGGUUGGGAAGACCCCGAACUCUCCACCAACGAGUGGCUGAAGACUUUCCCCAAGGAUGCAUAUGGAAACCCUCCAGACCAUGAUCGUCCAGAUGGCCAUGCGGAAAUGAUGCGCUGGUUACUUGGGCCACCAGAUUACCAAGCUUCUAUCUGCCCUCGAAAUCUCUGUCAGCAAUGCUUUGACAGACCACAAUGGAAAGUACACUGUAAGGCGUGUACCAAGCCUUUGUGUAUGGAACACGACCUACGGGGUCUACGUCUUCGGAUAUGUGGCUACCGGGAUCUUGUCAUGGAGAAGACGAACCUUGCAAGCGCCCAAUCACCUACUUCUAGUAAUAAAUCUGAGAGUCGAAAUUCACACCCACCAGCGGAUCCAGAUCAAAGUCGCGCAACCAGGGGCCCAACUACUGCCGAAUAUCCUGCGUCGUCACCGCGUUUCAAUCUAGCCAUAAUUAACAUGCUGUCCACUCAAUUAUCCCAACCUUCCUCAACCACUGAACCUGGUCCUUCCAACGCUCUUUCUGAUAACCAGCCUGCCAUCCAUCACAGUUCUACGAUCCAGACACCCGUCUCCGUAUCCCACAGUCGCUCCUCCUCACCCGCCUCGAUUUAUUUCGAAGCAUCCCCCGAAGUCCGCAAAAAGUGGUUGGGUUGCCAAUCGAUCUUCUGCCCACAAUACCGUGCACUCGGCGACCAGCGCCAACGCUGUCCCUGUAUUCUGCGGGAAUGUACCUCCUGCUCAAUCCACGUGUGUCAAGAUUGUAUCCAGCAAAACCCGCCCUGCACAUGUUCUUACUGCCACCUUAACUAUCUAUGUCCCAACUGCUAUCACGCCAAGGAGCUCGACGGAACCUGUCGCCGCAUCGAGGAGGAGCGACUACAACGUGAGGAAAAGCAGAAACGCGAUCUGGAAAUGAUCGAGAUAGCCAUGGAGCGCAAUCUGGCCAACGAGGUCGCGUCUUUUGCUGGACAAUUCUUUAUGGGAUUGAGUCGUAACCUCAACUGGAUUGGAAAUGAGCAUCAAGGAUCUGGAGACGGCAACACCGGCGUAGGUGUUGGUAUUGGGAUCGGCAAUCAUGGCGACGAUGUAACGGCGUAUGGGCCAGCGGGUCAGGUCUCUGUCUCUGCACCGCCUGGUGGUAGCAAUAACAUCGGCGAUUAUUCUCAAGUCGAAAAUCCGAUCUCGACGCAGUCGUUGAGUCAUCUGCAUAUCGCCCAAGCUGGUCCGAUUCCAGUUGCCAAUGAUGAUUACGACGGUAAUGGUAGCGGAUCAGAACAGACCGAGAUUCUGGGGGAAUGA